AUGAAGGCUCCAGGGAUCCACCCUGCCCUGUGGCUUCUAAUGUUUACCAUGCUUCUGCCGAUGCUUUCUGGUGACAUCAUGUUUCCUCGUGGAGUCAAAAGACAACUCUGUGAAAGCGGGAGACUUGGAGUAAUAUGCAACCAACCUGUAAAGAAAGGCUUUUGCACAUACAGUUUCUACAGAUACUACUUCAACAAAGACACGGCCUUAUGUGAGCCCUUCAUCUUCACUGGCUGUGGGGGCAACAGAAACAACUUUAAAAGUAAAUACAUCUGUGAAGUCUAUUGCAUUAACAUAGAGGUAAGUCUCUUGCUGUCUCACUCCACCUUUAAGGACACUGCCUCUCCUCUGGAACCACUGUUCUACAGGCAACAUCUAGAAAAGGGCUAA